UCCAGGAGUGGCUGAGGACACCCUCGCCUUUUGGUAGGCAAUUCUGUUGCCGUCUCGAGUGUUCCCACCUAAGUGCUCUCGUGUCGCCUAUAAAGCUCGGCUCAUCAAAAAGCUUCCUGUCGUCUCAUUGUAAGGAGUGGAGCGCUCUCAAAUUGUUUCUUCUCGAUUCUCUUCUUGCUUCGAUAUUUACCAAGACGACGGCAAUGGCGUCGGUGAAGGUGAUGAGGAUGAAAUUGGGGUCAGAGGGUCUUGACGUCUCGGCGCAGGGGCUGGGGUGCAUGUCCCUGACCCCCUACUAUGACCAACCCAAGCCCGAGCCGGACCGGAUCGCGCUCAUCCACGUUGCCGCCGACUUGGGCGUCACUUACUUGGACACUUCCGACAUCUACGACAAUCACACCAACGAAAUGCUCAUCGGAAAGGCGCUGAAGGGAGGGGUGAGACAGAAGGUGGAAGUGGCGACCAAGUUUGGAGUCAGCUUCGAGAAUGGGAGGGAAGUCCAGGGCGAUCCGGCAUACGUGAGGGCAGCUUGUGAGGCCAGCUUAAAGCGGCUCGACAUCGAUUGCAUCGACCUCUACUACCAACACCGUAUCGACCCUCGCGUCCCCAUUGAAGUCACUAUGGGAGAGCUAAAGAAACUCAUUGAAGAGGGUAAGAUCAAGUACAUCGGUUUAUGCGAGGCCUCUGCAUCAACAAUCAGAAAAGCACAUGCUGUUCAUCCCAUCACAGCGGUGCAAUUGGAGUGGUCGCUGUGGGCAAGAGAUGGGGAGGCAGAGAUCAUUCCCACGUGCAGGGAGCUUGGCAUUGGUAUUGUUGCCUACAGUCCUUUAGGACGAGGAUUCUUGUCUGCUGGUUCCAAGUUCUCGGAGAAUCCCUAUGAGGAUUACUCAGUGUUAUCCCUUCCAAGGUUCCAGCCGGAGAACUCACCUGACCUAGUGACGGCAUUCAAACGAGUGAGUAGAAUAACGCAAGCAAAGGGAUGCACCCCGUUGCAGUUAGCCCUCGCCUGGGUACACCACCAGGGCAACGAUGUCUGUCUGAUUCCUGGCACGACCCAGAUCGAGAAUCUCAUUGAGAACAUUGGAGCUCUGUCCGUGAAGCUUACACCAGAAGAAAUGGUUAAGCUUGAAUCGAUUGCUUCUGCGGACAAUGUCAAGUGUAGCAGGUACAUAAGCAGCAGGGCUACAGGGGAAAGCUCUUGCACUCCACCCCCUUCUUCAUGGAAAGCUGCUUUGAAACGUAUCUUCUUCUAUGGUUGAAUCUUUGAUAUGCAGAGUUCGAGCAUUUGGCGCUGAAGUAUGUUGAGGCUAAUGUUGUGUGGCUGUUAUAAGUAUGUGUAAAUGCCGGGUUCUUGUUUUCUUGUAAUAAGAUCUGAACUACAGA